AUGUCACAAGAAUCUGAUCCUAACAUGGAAGAUCAUCCUGUACAACAACCUGUUCGCAACGUCCCAGAUUUGAACAUGCAAGCAUUAUUACGAGAGAUGGAAAGACUUUUAGAUAGAAGAUUAAAUCCCCUUGGAGAUCGUCUAUUCCAAGUCGAAGCAAGAGAGCAACGCGAAAGAACUCCUGAAGUUGUCCGACCUAGACGGGAGAGGCCAAAUCAACAACGGGAAAGACGAAGAGAUCAAGAUGAUGCUGUAAAUGAUCAUAGUGAUCUUGAAAGUGGUCAAGAUUCGAAUGCAAGUAAUCGCCGGAGGGAACCACGACACCGAGAUCGGAGACGUGAAGAUGAUGAUCUUAAGAACAUCAAACUUUCUAUACCACCGUUCCAAGGUAGAUCAGAUCCGGAGGCCUAUCUUGAGUGGGAAAAGAAGAUCGAGUUGGUGUUUGAUUGUCAUAACUAUUCAGAAAACAAAAAGGUGAAGUUAGCAGCAAUUGAAUUUUCGGAUUAUGCCAUGAUUUGGUGGGAUCAACUAACUACUAGCCGGAGACGUAAUGGAGAACAACCGAUCUCUACAUGGAUUGAGAUGAAGGCAGUCUUGAGGCGACGAUUUAUCCUUUCUUACUACCACCGGGAGUUGCACCAAAAACUUCAAAAUUCACAAGGGACCAAAAGCGUCGAAGACUACUACAAGGAGAUGGAAAUUGCAAUGAUUCGGGCAGAUGUUCAAGAGGAUUCUGAAGCAACGAUGGCACGAUUUUUGGCCGGAUUAAACUGAGACAUUGCGAAUGUCGUCGAGCUUCAGCACUAUCUUAAAGUGGUGGACAUGGUUCAUAUGGCUAUCAAGGUAGAAAAGCAACUUAAGCGUAAAGGCUCAAAUCGAGGUUUUUCCACUUCUAACACAUCCAAGUGGGGCCAAAGUUCAAGUAGAGGUUUUUCAACAUCUCAAGGAAAGGAUUCUAUGGCACUUUCGAAACCAAACAAGCCUAAUAUCAAAACAAACAAAGGUAAGGCACCCGAGGUUUCUAUCAAUCGUAAUCGUGAUGUUAAAUGUUUCAAAUGUCUAGGAAGGGGACACAUAGCCAGUCAGUGCCCAAAUCGAAGAACUAUGGUGAUUCGUGCCGAUGGUGAAAUCGAGACGGAGGAUGAAGAAGAAAAGGAGUCUGAAUCAGUUUCUGAAACUGAGGAGGACUUAGAACAACCUGUGGAAGGUGAACUACUCGUUGUUAAACGGAGUCUUAGUCUCCAAGGCAUGGAUAAUGAGCUACAACGGGAGAACAUAUUUCAUACCCGAUGCUUGGUUGGAGGAAAAGUCUGUUGUGUCAUCAUUGAUGGUGGUAGUUGUACAAACGUAGCAAGUACAAUGAUGGUUGAAAAACUCAGUUUGCCAACUACUAAGCAUCCGAGCCCCUACAAACUUCAGUGGCUCAAUGACGGUGGAGAACUUAAAGUGACCAAGCAAGUACUAGUUUCUUUCACCAUUGGAAAGUACUUGGACGAAGUGUUAUGUGACGUUGUUCCAAUGCAUGCGGGCCAUCUACUCCUUGGACGUCCGUGGCGGUUUGAUCAUGAGUGCUACGACGGGUAUACCAAUCGGUAUAUUUUCAAGUUUAUGGGAAAGAAUGAUUUUAAAGAUGUUUUCCCGGAGGAAGUCCCAAAUGGUUUACCACCGCUUCGUGGAAUUGAACAUCAAAUAGAUUUUAUACCGGGAGCUGCUAUCCCAAACCGUCCCGCUUAUCAAGCCAAUCCAGAAGAGACUAAAGAAUUGCAACAGCAAGUCAAUGAUCUGUUGCAAAAAGGUUACGUUAGAGAGAGUCUUAGUCCUUGUGCUGUACCUGUUUUACUAGUACCGAAAAAAGAUGGAACAUGGCGAAUGUGCGUAGAUUGCUUUGCGGUUAGCGCGGAAGGUCUCGAAGUAGACCAAGAAAAGAUCAAGGCCAUUCAAGAUUGGCCAAGGCCAACUAGUAUUACGCAAGUCCAGAGUUUUCAUGGCCUAGCAAGUUUCUACCGACGAUUUGUUCCUAAUUUCAGCACCAUUGCUGCUCCUCUUACGAACGUCAUUAAGAAGAACUCUACUUUCUUUUGGAAUGAUGAGCAAGAAAAGUCGUUUUUCAAAAUUAAGAAUUUUCUUACUAACGCUCCUUUACUUGCUCUUCCAGAUUUUUCGAAGAUUUUCGAGAUUGAGUGUGAUGCCUCAGGCGUUGGAAUAGGUGCUGUUUUAACACAAGAAGGACGACCUGUGGCUUAUUUUAGCGAAAAGAUUAGUGGAGUUGUACUCAACUAUCCUGUAUAUGAUAAAGAGAUGUACGCGCUCAUACGAGCUCUUGAGACAUGGCAACAUUAUUUAUGGCCAAAGGAGUUUGUUAUACACUCCGAUCAUAAAGCUUUAAAGCACAUCAAAGGUCAGCACAAAUUAAAUCGACGUCAUGCAAAAUGGGUGGAGUUUCUUGAAUCAUUUCCUUAUGUUAUAAAAUACAAAAAAGGUAAAGAUAACAUAGUGGCUGAUACACUUUCGAGAAGGUAUGAAGGCUUUCUUUUCAAAGAAAGUAAACUCUGUGUUCCUUGUGGCUCUGUUCGAGAUUUAUUAGUGCACGAAGCCCAUAGUGGCGGACUUAUGGGACACUUUGGAGUCAACAAGAUGCUUGCAACACUUCAAGAACACUUCUAUUGGCCGCGAAUGCGCAAAUAUGUGGAACAAGUUUGCAAGAGGUGUAUAGCUUGUAAAAAGGCUAAAACAAAGGUUCAACCCCAUGGUUUAUAUACGCCAUUACCUAUUCCUGAAGCCCCGUGGGUUGAUAUCUCCAUGGACUUUGUUUUUGGACUACCGCGCACAAAAAUGGGGAAGGAUUCUAUCUUUGUGGUUGUUGAUCGUUUUUCAAAAAUGUCUCAUUUUAUUGCUUGCACUAAAACUGAUGACGCUGUUCAUGUUGCAAAUUUGUUUUUCAGAGACAUUGUACGACUUCAUGGUAUUCCUCGUACUAUUGUGUUGGAUCGUGAUGCAAAAUUUUUGAGCCACUUUUGGAGGUCUUUGUGGGGAAAAUUAGGAACCAAAUUAUUAUUCUCUACCACCAGCCACCCCCAGACCGAUGGUCAAACGGAAGUCAUCAAUAGAGUAUUGUCUACAUUACUACGGGCCAUCAUCCGUAAAAAUUUGAAGUCUUGGGAAGAUUGCUUACCACAUAUCGAGUUUGCUUACAACCGCUCCAUCCAUUCUGCUACAAAAUAUUCGCCUUUUGAAAUUGUAUAUGGUUUCAAUCCAUUGACACCUUUAGAUUUAUUACCUUUGCCUACUGAUCGACUGUGGGUUUGGGUUCACAUGCGCAAGGAGCGUUUUCCAGCUCAACAAAAAUCAAAAUUAUUACCUAGAGGAGACGAUCCUUUCCAAAUUCUUGAGCGCAUAAAUGAAAACUCUUACAAACUCGAUUUGCCUGGUGAAUUUAACGUUAGUGCAACUUUUAAUGUGUCAGAUUUAACCCCUUUUGAUACAGAUUUUGACUUAAGGACAAGUCAUUUCAAAGAGGGGGGGAAUGAUACGAUCGCGACCUGGAGUGCAUCAAGUUCGAGCAAGGACUCAAUGGUGCUGCCUCAAGGACCAAUUACGCGAGCUCGAGCUAAGCAAUUCAAGGAGGCCGUUUCAGCCUUGGUUAACCAAGUGUGGGGCGAGGCUUUGACUCGAUCUCGCCAUUUGGCUGCACCACCAUCACUCGAUGUUUAG